UUUACUUGAUAACGAUACACUUAUACACCCGGAAGUUUAAAUAACUGACCUUGCAUUUCAUCAUUUAUAUCUAUAUAAAGUACAUACUAUACCGGGAUCCAGUGGUAUUCUUAAUUUCGACUACCAUUAGAGAAAGAAAUGCUCUGUUUUGCUUGUAUUUACAACAACCACUCUUCAACCAAGCAAUAAAGAUGGAAACAGCUGAAGAUGAUUUUGACGUUGAUGUUGAAGUCGACUUUAUCGGGAGAGAGACCGACUUGAAGAGGAUAUAUAAAGCUUGGGGCAAACACAGAAUAUUUGGAAUAUUCGGACUAAGAUCAGUAGGCAAGUCAAGAUUAGUGAAAGAGUUCUUAACUCGCUACAAAUCAAAGGAAGACGUUAUUGUAAAUGUGGAUGUGAAACCACUCUCGAAUAGCAGUUCAUUAUAUUCCCACAUAUGCGUAAAACUUGGUAUUAAAACAGAGGCAAAUGCACGUGAGUCUGAAAGGUGGAUACAUCACAUUGUUAGUGAGCUGGUGAAAAGGUCCGAAGAAAAUUUCAUCCUUGUAUUUGACAAUACUGAAGAUUACCAAGAGUUUAAAGGUACAGCUACCCGAGACUCUUUCUUGUCACUGUGUUCACAAGUCAUUAAAAGGUGUUCAAAUGUCAAGAUCAUUCUUACAUCAACUACAAGAGUUCAGUUUGCUGGACUGGGACACGCUUACUUUAGCUACAAGGUUUUGCCUUUAAAGCGAACGGAAACAAAGCGAUUGUUAAGAUCAGUGAUUUGGGGAACAGAUCUUGGAGAAUACGAAGAUUCUAUUGUAACGCUAAGUGAGGGCUUACCGCUGUUGAUACUGAUGAUAGGUUCUGAACUAACGGAGGAUGACGGAAUGCUUACACCUGAGGAUAUUGUGGAAUGCCUACUGACGAGCCGGCUCAAAACUUUGAGUAGAGAAUUCUACCCAAAAGAGGAUAGGGUCGCUGAUGUGUACAAGGACUUCAUAGAUCGACUGGCCUCAGUAUACAGAGAAAAACUCACUAUACUGGAGUAUAUUCCAGGAACAUUUAAUGUAGACCAAGUUUCACAACUUCUUGAUGCUGAAACAGAGGCAAUAGUGAAAUAUGACACGCUAAAACCAAUUCUUGGGCGACAUUUUCUGAGUUACGAUCCCACAACUCGACGAUUUAAUAUCCAAGGGAUAUUAAGAGAAUGUCUCCAGUCGUACUACACAAUCAAAAAUCUACCAGAAGUCAGAGCUAGAUACUGCAAGAUCUUCACGGCCGUAAUGGUGAACAUAUCUAAACGCCUCGGCACUACGGAGUAUACAGAGGCAAUGGCGGAAUUCACAGUGGAACACCCAAACCUGCAGAAACUAUUGACAGAUGUGAAAUAUACCAGACAAGACACCUAUCACUUCUUUAUAAAGAUCGCAACUGAUUGCACGGUAUUAGUUGAUCAGUUUAUGGCAGGUGAUGGUGAGGACUUUUACCAAGGUUGUAUGAGGAUUGCAAACAUGUACGGUAAAGACAGAGAUAGAGCAAACGUUCAUAUUGCUGUUGGCAGUCUUUACACGAAUAUAAAGGGUCCAGGCACUGCGAAACAAGGACAUUUGGUUCGUGGGGCAGAUAAUUACGACUCGGCCAUAGCAGUUUUUGAGAAAUAUGGCAAGUCUCUGCAGCUGGCGACAGCAUAUCAAAGGAAAGGCUGGAAUUUAUACUCACAAGGCAAAAACUUAGAGGCAGUAAAGUUUUUGAAGCAAGCUUUUGAUUUGUCAGUUUCCUCUGGGAAAGAAUACCAGUCAAUACUUCUGCAAUCUCUGAACAGUCUAGGCCUCACCAACACAGUCCUAGGACGUUUCGAGGAAGCAGAAAGGUAUCAUUUUGAAAGUCUAAAACGAAGAAAGGAAAUCCAAGGAGAAGAUCAUCCCUUCGUUGGAGCCUGUUUAAACAAUAUAGGCAUUAUGUAUUACCUGAAAGGAGACUCACAUAAAGCCCUCAAAUUCUACGAAGAAGGCCUCGAGAUAAAGAGGAAGUCUGCAACACCUGUGAUAUCACUCGUAAAUUCCUUGAGUAACACAGCUAAUAUGUACAGUGAAACAGGAAACUCUAAAAAAGCCCACAUACUUCUAGAUGAGGCAAUAGAACUAUUGAACAAGGAAAAAGUUCCAUGUAGAGAUGCAGCUGCUUUAUUAUGUGAUACAAAAGGCAAAGUAUAUAGGCGCGAAGGUGCCUUCAAGUUUGCAGAGGAUAUGUUCCAAAAGGCUAUAGAUGUAAGGAAAGAAAUAUCAGACGAAAAUGUACCUUACUUGGAAAGUUUGGUACACUUAGCUAAUAUAAAUAAACGUCAAGGAAAUUACAUUUCUUGUAUAAGAAUUUCCAACAAGGCUCUUACGAUAAAGGAAAAGGCCGAAAUUGCAAUGCCACAACACCCAUUUAUCAAGGAGUGUUUAGAAUGCUUAGUGGAAGUCUACAAGAAAACAGAUGAUAAAGACAAGUGCAAGGAAACACUUGAAAAACUUGAAUCAGAACUUAUUCGUCUCGAAAAAGUUCACCUUGAUCAUGGGAACGAAAGAGACCUACUCAAAGUCAGAACUCAAAUGCAUGAAAUUAAAGCUGAACUCGAAAUGGCUCCGAAACUUUAAUGUUUUAGUAACGUCAGAACAGAAUUUCAAAGAGUUAUAUAUUUUUACAGACAAAAAACAUAGCUAUUGUUAAGGAUAAUCAAGAGCCUUCUGACAGCUUAACAAUAGUUAACAUUUUAGUAAGGUAAGAUCGAACACGGCGAUAUACAGAAGAUAUAGGGAUCUGUUGUCAAAUUGCCAUCGGAAUUCCUCUUCCUGUUUACACAGAUAACAAAAAAGCAAAAUAGUGCCGGUUGUACUUGAAAUUGACACACAAUUUGGUAAGAAAAAGAGUUUGCCAACCAUUAUGAUGUAGAUAUUUGUAAGAUACACUCUAACUUGUCAAUUAAAUCAAUGUAUGUUGCAUAGAAA